AUGUCGUCGAUACGUGCCAUUCUCAUAUUGUUGGCAAUCAGUGUCGAAUGUCUUCUCGCCGAUUUGCCGUCGUGCUCGCGCGCCAAAUGUGUGCAUUGCGCUGUCGAUUUCAUCGCGCGAAUGUGUCCGACGGCGUGCGCCGGAUGCAACCGACAGAUCGCACCGCCACAAUCGCCGCAGCCGGUCGUGUACAACACUCAACCGCAAUUUGGGCAGUCUGUCAACACGAGGCAGGUGUCGAAUGAGGGAGGAGCUGUCUAUCAGCAGCAGAGACCUCAACAGUACUACCAGCAGCAGCAGGCCGGAUUGCACCUUCCCGUGCAACAGCAGCCGAUUCAAUUCGCCGCGCCCAACUACCAGCAGCCGGCCAUUCCAUACCCACAGCAGCAGCAGCAAGCACCGAUUCAGACCGCCACACUUGCGCCGUUGGUGCAGCCGCCAAAGGUGUCGACACUCGAUCAGACGCUGUCGAGCCGUCCCGCCGAUCUUGCGCAACCGUUGCCCGAGUAUAACGCCGCCGGCGGCGGUGUUGUCGCUCAGCUGCCAUCGCCGCAGGCACCGCAAUUGCCCGCGUUCCCGCAACCCGCCUACAAUCUAUUCAAUCAGCCCAAUCCGUUCCAGCUUCCGGGACAACAACAACAACAACAGCAGCCGCAGAGUGCGCUUCUCAAUCCGUUCCAGCAAUUCAUGCAGCCUGGCGCCAAUCCGUUGGACCUGUUCAAUUUGUUCAAUCUCAACGGCGCUCAGCCAUUGGCGCAAGCCGCCAACACCCAACAAUACGGUCAGGUUCAGCAUCAGGGCAAUUAUAGUCCGCCGCCGCCGGUCGUGCAGCAGCCGCAGCAGCAACUCACCGUCGAGCAGCAGCAGAAGCAGUACCAGCAACAGUAUCAGCAAUACCAGCAGCAGCUUCAACAGUACCAACAGCAACAGCAGCAGAGACAACAGCAGACCUAUCAGCCAUAUCAACAGCAACAGUAUAGCUAUCAGGGUCAGCAGACGUAUCAGCAGACCUACCAGCAACCACAGCAACCACAACUCCCAGUUGUCCAGCAAACCCAACAACCGCAGGCAGCCAAGCCAGCAGCACCGCUUCCAAAGCCAGCCGCCGCCGCCGCCGCCAGCGUCGACUCGCGUCCGGUCAGCUUCGUGAAGUACGUCGAUCCCGGCAAGGGCACCCCGUUGGCGGCCGCGCAAUGCCCCCGACAACCCGGAUGGCAGCCGUGCAUCACCAAGCAGGUCGCCAACGAUCGAUUCAAGAAUUGUUGCGCGCGUCUCGGCGAGGGUUGCGCGCCGUUGUGCGAAUACGACGCGACACUAGCGACGAUGCAAUUGGCGGUGCUCACCGGCCGUUGUCCGCUCAACAAAGUCGGCGACGUGAUGAUCUGCGCGUCCGGCUAUCAAGACGCCACCCAGUGUUGCGAAGCCUAUGGUGUGUUCGAGCCCGGCUACGAGCACUGCCGACCCUAUUGUAAUCCGUCGGCCGGCCUUCCAGAAGGCGGACUUCUCACCGAAAAGUACAAGUGCCUCGUGAAGCUCUCGCACAUUCAGCAAUGCUUCUUCGUCUCGCAAAAGCCAUAA